AUGGCCGCGUUCUCUGCAGAAUCUCUCACCCUUUGUGCCUUUGCUCCAGCUGUGCUGGAGCAGCCCAUGUAUUACCUCUCCCCUGGACAAGCGUCCGUCGUGGAAACUUCAGAGAUCCUGAAGGAAGCCGUCGAAGCUGCCGGCGGCCUUCAGGACCGCGCCGAUGGCAAGCUUGGAUGCUAUGUUCCUCACCGCAAGGUCGCUGCUGCAUUGGGCCUGGCGUCCAGUGGCAUCGACACGGCAGAGGUGACGUUUGGUUCAUACCUAUGGUGCACCGAGUUCGAGAAUGUUCACUCCACCUGGGUCUUUGAGGAGCCAGGCUUGGAUUUCAAUGGCCUGCGGUUUAAAGGGCCAGAGCAGCUGUUUCAACUGCACAAGUUCGGUGACAGGCAUUCGGAGGCCUUCAAAGACAAGGCCCUUGCGUUUGCAGAGGCCACCCCGGAACAGGCUUUUCGCAUGGGGAGGGGUGCGACACUUCCGCCGGAGUGGGACGGCAUGAAAGAGAGUGUCAUGCGCGACGUCCUUCGUGCAAAAUUUGAGCACGAUGGCCUCCGCCAGCUUUUGGUAAGCACUCAUCCCCACCCGUUGGUUUCGGUGAAGUCGGAUGCUUACUGGGGAGCCGGCUUUGAUGGAAAGGGGAUCGAGACGAGAGAUCGAGUGUGCGGUGUGAUUGUGAUCUAUGUUAAUGUCGGAUUUCAGUUUCGCGUUGACCAGAUGUGUUGGACACCUGCUCGGAAGCUGCAUGUUCAUCCCAUGGAGUUGCUCCUGGCCAUGGACGAGCGUUCGGAAAGGCCAGAGCUUCCCAAGUUUCCGGCGCUUACCGGCGUCGUUCCCGCCACGCUCAUGGUGCACAAGGCAGCGUUGUUACGGGCUUGUCGAGCACUGGAUCCUCUGGACACCGGUCGCCUGUCCGUCAAGAACUUUGUGGAGCUGGUCGCAGCCUUGUUCCAAGCCCUUGGGCGGCCGCUUGCCGCCGCUGAACGUCGGGCGAUCGACGAAGAACUCAAGGGCGAGGACCUUGCAUAUCCCGAGUUGCUGAGAAGCUUCGAGGUGCACAUCGACGGAGAUCUCGGCGUCCCGGAAAGAUUCAUAAAGGCCAGGAAAGAGAUUGAGGGCGCAGAGUUCGUCCGAUUGCUGCGCAUGCAUCUUGGCGCGGCCUACGCGGCGGCGGCGCCGAGCAAUGUGAGCUACGGGCAGUAUGGCAGCGCCCCAGCGGGCGCAGGAUCGUUCGAUGCCCGGCCUGUGGUGCAGCAACCUGGGAUCUACGGGCAUCCGCAGCCAACACCCGGCGCCUAUGCACAUAUGCCGCCAGGUGCUGUGCCGGGUGGACCCCCUGGCCCAAACCAGGGAUCUGGCCGGGAAGUGCUCUAUGGGCCACCUCCCAGCCUCACCUCGGGUUUGCCAGACCCUUCCUCUGUGGAGAGGCAAAAGGAGAACUACCUGCACGCCCUUGAGGAGCAGGAGCAGCGAAGCAGCCAAUCACUGGAGCUGCAGCGAAAGCAACAGCUUGAGCUCAUAAACACUCAGGCCGAGCAGCAGAAGAAGCGCCUCUUCAUGCAAAUUGACCAGCAAGUCAAGACACAGGAAAUGGCCUUGACGCAGCAGUACAACCAGCAGCUGCUGCAGCUGAAUCAGCAGUAUCACCAGCAGAAGGCGGCUCUGGAGCAGCAGGCGAUGCAGCUCACAAUGGAGUACCAGCAGCAAAAGAUGCAUGAGGAGAUGGUGAAGAAGCAGAUGGAGUUGCACAGGGAGCACUACGAGGUGCAGGCGCGAUUCCAGCAGGACAUGCAGAAAAUGCAGGGGCCUCCACGACAAGGCCCCGGGCCGACCCAGGACCCGAUGGGUCCGACCGGAGGCGGCUACCUGCCCCCGAUGGUCCAGACCGGCGGCGGUGGCUCCUUCGUGCCUCCGCCAGUUCCAAACGGAGCCUACAUGCCGCCUCAGCUACAAUCUUCGGGGUCCUAUGUUCCGCCGCCCAUGCCGGUGAUGCCAGACAUGGCACCGGGUGCAGGCGCAACAUACGUCCCGUCAUACACGGGAUCAGGAUCCUACGUUCCACCACCCGGACAAUGCAAUGGCAUCGUCCAGCCGCAGAUGCCUACCUACGGGCCAUCAGCGGCAGCCAUGGGGAACUACGCGGCGGCUCCGCCGACGAACUAUGGGCAGCUGCCGACUGCGUACAAUGGGUGCACAAUGCCACAACAUUCUCUGGCUGAUCCUGGACCAGCGUGA